AUGCCGCAGCCACGUGUCCCGCUAGUGGAACCAUCUCGCUUCAGGCUCGUGCCGCCGUUCGUGGUCGGCAUUGCGGUCGGAGCGUGCAUGAUUCUGCUCCAGCAGUCGCUUUCUUCCCGUCUAGCCGGCACAACUGCCGGCGACUGGCAGAAUGACCACCCACAGCCGACACACCGCCGCUAUCCCUCAUUUUCUUCCAGUAAAAACGGUGAGAAUCUCGCCGGGCAAGAUGGCGGCGGUGAUGAGGCUCACGGCUCACCCUCCGCAUCAGACGCCGCAAAUGACGGCGUGAGUACCGGAGAGAGCAGCAGCGCGUACAACACGAGCUCGGGGAUCGUGGCGGGGAAAGUGAACGUGCAUCUGGUGCCGCACUCGCACGACGACUUGGGAUGGCUCAACACGGUUGAACAGUACUAUAUCACGGCCGUCCAGUUCAUCCUAGAGACGGUGGUGGACCAGCUGGAGGCGAAUCCGGACCGUCGAUUCAUUCAAGUGGAGCAGGGUUUCUUCUACCGCUGGUGGCAGCAGCAGUCGGAGGGCAUGAGGCAGCGCGUGCGUGCUCUCGUGCACUCGGGGCAGCUGGAGUUCAUCAACGGCGGGUGGGUGAUGCACGAUGAAGCGGUGUGCCACUACAGGGACGUGCUGCACCACAUGUCGCUGGGCCACCGCUUCCUCCAAAGCCACUUCAACGCCACACCACGCAUCGCCUGGCAGAUCGACCCCUUCGGCCACUCCGCCACCCAAGCCAGCCUCAUCACAGCUCAGGGUGGGCUGGAUGCGGUGUUCUUCGCACGGGCGGACCAUGAGGACAUAGCGCGGCGCAAGAGGGAGCGGAGCACCGAGUUUGUGUGGCGCGCCUCCCAGACGUUUGGCCGGCAGGCAGAGGUGUUCGCCGGCAUUCUCUACUGGGACGGCUACUUCGCCCCGCAGCCAUUCCGCUUCGAACCUUACGACCCACUCACCAACCUCGUCAAGGACGACCCAUACAAGGCAGACGCCAACAUAGUCCAGCUGGUAGAGGCGUUUGUGAACAAGUCGCUGACCCAGGCGGGUGACACGCGCAGCGAGCAUGUGAUGUGGGCAAUGGGGGAGGACUUCUCGCACGCCAAUGCUGCCCUGUGGUUCAAGAACCUGGACAAGCUGAUUCACUAUGUCAACCUGCAUGGCAUGGUGCGGCAUGGCAUGGUGCGGCAUGGCAUGGUGUGGCAUGGCAUGGUGCGGCAUGGAAUGGUGUGGCAUGGCAUGGUACGGCAUGGCAUGGUGCGGCAUGGCAUGGUGCGGCAUGGCAUGGUGCAGCAUGGCGUGGUGCGGCAUGCCAUGAUGCAGAACGGCAAACCAACCUUCCCCAUCCCCCCCCUCUGCCCGUGCAUGUACAUCACUGCUGCUCUUUCACCAAGGACGGACGGCCGUGUGAACGCCCUCUACUCCACGCCCUCGCGGUACCUCCACGCCAAGCACCGCAGCAACCAGUCAUGGCCGCUCAAGCAAGGAGACUUCUUCCCGUACGCGAGUGCUUCAACGGAGUACUGGACUGGGUACUACUCAAGCCGCCCGGCCUUCAAAGGCUAUGCUCGCAUGUGCAGCAGCCUACUGCAGGCAGCCACGCUACUGGAAGCGUCAGUGGGCAAGUCCAACCUCCAAGCAUGGGGCAACAGCACCUCCCGCCUCGUGGUGCCCGUGCUGCUCUCCACCAACCUCUCUGCCAUCCACGCCCCCACGCCCACGCCCUCCCGCCUGGCUUCGACGUACCCUUUAGAGGAGGCAGUGGCAGUGGCACAGCACCACGAUGCCAUCACAGGCACGGCGAAGCAGCAUGUGAAUGACGACUACACGCUGCAGCUUUACAAGGGCGCACAGGAGACAUGCCUGGAUGGGUUGCAGACAUGCCUGGAUGGGUUGCAGACAUGCCUGGAUGGGUUGCAGACAUGCCUGGAUGGGUUGCAGACAUGCCUGGAUGGGUUGCAGACAUGCCUGGAUGGGUUGCAGACAUGCCUGGAUGGGUUGCAGACAUGCCUGGAUGGGUUGCAGACAUGCCUGGAUGGGUUGCAGACAUGCCUGGAUGGGUUGCAGACAUGCCUGGAUGGGUUGCAGACAUGCCUGGAUGGGUUGCAGACAUGCCUGGAUGGGUUGCAGACAUGCCUGGAUGGGUUGCAGACAUGCCUGGAUGGGUUGCAGACAUGCCUGGAUGGGUUGCAGACAUGCCUGGAUGGGUUGCAGACAUGCCUGGAUGGGUUGCAGACAUGCCUGGAUGGGUUGCAGACAUGCCUGGAUGGGUUGCAGACAUGCCUGGAUGGGUUGCAGACAUGCCUGGAUGGGUUGCAGACAUGCCUGGAUGGGUUGCAGACAUGCCUGGAUGGGUUGCAGACAUGCCUGGAUGGGUUGCAGACAUGCCUGGAUGGGUUGCAGACAUGCCUGGAUGGGUUGCAGACAUGCCUGGAUGGGUUGCAGACAUGCCUGGAUGGGUUGCAGACAUGCCUGGAUGGGUUGCAGACAUGCCUGGAUGGGUUGCAGACAUGCCUGGAUGGGUUGCAGACAUGCCUGGAUGGGUUGCAGACAUGCCUGGAUGGGUUGCAGACAUGCCUGGAUGGGUUGCAGACAUGCCUGGAUGGGUUGCAGACAUGCCUGGAUGGGUUGCAGACAUGCCUGGAUGGGUUGCAGACAUGCCUGGAUGGGUUGCAGACAUGCCUGGAUGGGUUGCAGACAUGCCUGGAUGGGUUGCAGACAUGCCUGGAUGGGUUGCAGACAUGCCUGGAUGGGUUGCAGACAUGCCUGGAUGGGUUGCAGACAUGCCUGGAUGGGUUGCAGACAUGCCUGGAUGGGUUGCAGACAUGCCUGGAUGGGUUGCAGACAUGCCUGGAUGGGUUGCAGACAUGCCUGGAUGGGUUGCAGACAUGCCUGGAUGGGUUGCCAUCAAGUGAGUUCUCACACUCUACGCCCCUUAUCCCCCCUUCUCCCCCCCCUCCCCCCCUCUCCUCCCUCCCUCCCUCCCCCGUUGUCCUUUGCUCCUUUCUUAACCCCAUGCACGUCCCAUCCCCUACCCCAGGCGUCUUGACCUCGUCCCUCACGCACCUCAUCUCCCAGGGCGCUCUGGACCUCAAAGCCCCCGUUGCCGCCAUUCCUGCCGCUCCUGCUGCUCGCACCACAGGCCAGCCUGCUGCUCCUGUGCCGUUGGGAGGCACCGAGACACUUUACAACGAGACAGGGAAAACGGGCAGUGCAGGCAGGGACGAUGUGCUGAGACUUGGCCUUGACUUCCAGCUGGUAAUGAGAAAGGCAGUCAUGUGCUACAUUAUCGGAUCGGAACACAUCCUUGUCUCUACUGCUUGCCCCUUUCUUCCUCUCCCUUUCACACCCUUCGCCGCUCCCUUCCCCUCCUCACUGCAGUGCCCGCUGCUCAACAUCUCCUACUGCCCGCCCACGCACAGCCCCAUUCCCCCCGGCACCACGCUGCCAUUCAUGCGCAUUCCUCCAUUCAUGCGCAUUCCUCCAUUCAUGCGCAUUCCUGUGAGUGUAGCCAUUCAUGCGCAUUCCUUCACAGCCCCCUCCUUUCUCGCUCUUCCUUCCCCACCAUUUCCCCCUUCCGCCUCUCGCUUUUGUGUGCUCCCUGUCAAGCCUGCCCUGUGCCAUCUCCCACCUCUCCACUACUCCCUUCACGCCGCUCCUCGUCUCCUCCCGGUCCCCCAACCCCAGGUCUCCUCCCCUGCAGUCAUUGUGACUGACGCCCAUGGCAAUGUCGUUCCCUCACAGGCCAUUCCCGAGGUCCUGGUUCCGUGGGAGACCCGUGAGAGGUACAUAAGUGUGCAGGUGGGUGAGGAGAGGGUGAGGGGUGACGCGGAGGGGGUGAGAGGGGGCAAGGAGGGGGUGAAGGGGGGCAAGGGGGAGAAGCGAGGGAGGGAGGUGAGGGAGACGCAACGGCAGCAGGGGGAGGACCAACAGCAGGGGGAGGAGCAGCAGCAGAAGAAGCAGCAGCAGCAGGAGGGCGUAGUGGUGUCUGUGGUGUUCCGUGCCAAGGUGCCGCCCCUGGGCUACUCCACCUUCUUCCUCUCCCCAGCUCCCCCCCACACCCCCGGCGCUGCAGUCACGAGCACUGAGUGGCAAGCCCGUGUGCAGCCGGGAACAGGGGGUGGGGAGUGGGGCAAGGGGGAGGAGGCGGGUGAGGGAGAGGAGGAGGGACGGGGGGAAGGGGGUAAGGAGGGGAAGGAAGUAGGGGAGGAAGAGGGGGUGGAGAGAGAAAGUGUGGUCGUGGAGGAGGAGGGUGAAGGGGUUGGUGGUGGUGAUGUGAUUGUGCUGGGAGGCUGGGUUGCUGCUGCUGCUGCCGGUGCUGCCGGUGCUGCCGGUGCUGGCGGUGCUGCUGCUGCUGGCGGUGCUGGCGGUGCUGCUGCUGCUGGCGGUGCUGGCGGUGCUGGCGGUGCUGGCGCUGCUACUGAUGGGAAGGGGAGUACCAACUCUGGGAGCACAGCGCCAGGGAGCUCUCCUGCACCGAGUGUGUUGCGAGUGCUCUUCUCAAAGGCAGCGUAUGGCAUGACUCGCCUGCAACUGCUUGGCCGCAGCCAGCAGGGAAACGAGACAGUGGUGCCAAUCCGAGUGCUGCGAGGGCCGCUGGUGGAGGAGUUUCACCGGGCACUGGCGCCCUGGCUGUCCGAGGUGGGCGGCUGUAAGAGGUGGACGGCUGUAAGAGGUGGGCGGCUGUCCGAGGUCAUUCGCGUGUAUCCUGGACGGGACUACGCGGAGAUGCAUUAUAUGGUGGGCCCAGUACCCAGAAAGCCCUCUGUGGCUCGAGAGGUGGUCACUCGCUUCGCCUCCUCCAUCGCCUCUGCUGGAGCACUGUUCACGGACUCGCAAGCCCGCGACUACCUGCGCCGGGUGCGCGACCAUCGAGCGGAUUGGAACCUAACCGUCUACCAGCCUAUCGCAGGCAACUUCUACCCUCUCACAGCAGGGGUGUUCAUAGCGGGCAGCACCGCCCAGCUCUCACUGCUGGUUGACCGGCCACUGGGGGUGGCAAGCCUGGCAGACGGGCAGAUCGAAGUCAUGCUGCACCGGCGCAUGAUCUCGGAUGACGGCAAGGGCGUGCAGGAGGUGCUGGAUGAGAGGGUGUGCGAUUCCCAUGGCAACUGCACUCCCCUGGCCGUGGUGGGAUUCGUUCGCUUUGCUCUGCAUCCCAGCACUCCCAGCGACACCGACUGCUACGGCGGGGAUGCUGGCCAUGCAGGGGAUUCCAAUUUAGGUGCAGCUGCAGGCGCUUCCAGUAACGAUGCACUCAAUAGCGAGCACAGGGUAGACACAGGCUCAGAGGAGUGGGUGUCAGAGGAUUCUGACCCAGUACGCGAUUCUGCCAAUGUAGGAAAUUCUGAUGAAAUAGCGAAUGCUGUUAGUGAUGAAGCACUCAAUAGCGAGGACAGGGAGCAGGCCUCAGGGAAGCCUAGUGCAGAAUCAGGUGCUGCGGACUCCCAGGAAAGUCAACCGCCUUCCGGCCGGCGAAAGCUGGGCGGCAAAGGCGUGAAGUAUGAAAGGUUGGGCGGCAAAGGGAAACAGGGAAGGGAGGGGAAAGAGAGGGGUGAAGCGACAGUGGGGGGAGUGGGGGAGGGUGGGGGGUUGGGGAGUGUGAGGGGCGAGGCAGCCAGGUGGAGGAAGGAGCACGCAGAGAGAAUGCUGUCGCCACUGCAACUGGCAUUUGCACUCGAGGCAACCGAGGCACUGAAGGCAGCGCAGGGCAUGAGAUGGACCCCCCAACCCAUCCACCCUCCCUCCAUUCCCUCUCUACUGGAUUCCAUUCUGUCACCUCACAUGUCACCACAGGAGCUUGCACCCAAUGAGUUCACCGUCCGAUUUGCACACCUGUACGAGGCCAAGGAGCAUCCGCAGCUGUCCAGCCUAGCCUCUGUUCAUCUCCCCUCGCUCUUCGCCUCACGAAAGGUGCACUACCUCUGA